CUUUGGCUCGUUGCUAUCACCCUUCUGUGCUUCCUCCGUUACCUCUCAAGCCACAUCGUUCUGCAGCCGCCAGCCCAGCCUUUGUCGCUAGCCGGCAUCGCCAUUCCUUUCUUUCGCCAUCAGAUAUCGCUGUCGGUCUUGGAGACCUGGGAGAAGGUCAACAAUCACUAUCCAACCCUCGUUUUCCUUUGACACCAGUGAAUGAUGGGGGAAAAGCAUCUUACUCAUUCUUCUUGAAUGAUGUUAUUGGUAGUUCUUGGAAAAAAUGUACAAGAAGAAGAAACAAGUUGAUAAGCAUGGACCCUUACAUGGUCAUAUGGGUGCACAGGAUCAAGAAAUGGACAUAAGGAAGAUUAUGAAAGAUGUCGAAAAUUUUGGCUACUCACAUAUGUCAUGGAAAGAACGUAAGAAGAUUGAAGAUAGGAAGGUUGUUUCUCUAGGCGGGAAGGCCCCUAAGCAGCAGAGAUUACCUUUAAGCGUGGCACGACCAAGGAUGAAGAAACAGAAGGAGAGAGAGCAGCAAAUGCUCCAAGAGCGCUUGAUUCUUGGACAAUUUGGGGGAAAGCUUGGUGGCAGCAGUAAAAGAUCAGUGGGGAAGCGAAGACCUGAGGAGAGGGGUCUGAAGUCAAGUGAAGGUCGUUUCAAAAAUGGCGUCCUUAAUGUGAAGCAUUUGUUAAAUCCAGCCCAAUCUAAAGAUCAAGUUACUGAAAACCAUGUGCCCAGACCCGGUGGAGGAAAAAGGAAAAACGGAGAUAAGAAGAAGGGUAAGAAGCGCCGUUGAGUAAUCAAAUCCCAUGUGGGGAAAAGUUUGUAGGAAAACAAGCAAAGCAGCAGUCAAUUUGUUAACGUAUCUAGUCUGUUUGAUCCUCAGGUGAAAGACUUGAAUUGAGAUUUGAUCUUAAAUAGUUAUUAUUAAGGAAAGGUUAAUUUAUUAA